AUGCAGGCGACGAGCAUCAGUCAGCCGCCACCCGCACCAGCCAAAGUCGUCGAGCAGCCGAGCAAGUCAGAGGCAGCACAAGCUGACGCCUCCAAGGUCACGGCUGGGGAGGUCAAGGGCAGCACGACCGUAGCAGCAGCACAGGAGCCGGAGAAGAAAGCAACGCAGAGCCCACAUCCAGCACAGCAGCAGGUCGAAGUCUCCGCGAGCAAGAGUCCAGCUGUGAAAGUCACUCCCAACACUGCCCUUCAGCAGCAGCUGUUUGCACAGCAGAGCUUGAUGGGGAAGGCGCCGCCUUCCAUGCACUCGCUCUACACGGCAGGCAGCAUGAAGCAGCAGCACGUGCCCCCGAAGAAGGUCACUCAUCAUCCUCAACAGGUUCAAUACGGGUCUCAUGGGAUCGUGAUGCUUCCUGGUAGACCCCAGCACGUCCUUUACCCCCCUUCCCACAUGUCUUACACCCCCCUCCUCGACCCCUCGCUCGCAAGACUCCCUCCAGCUGCACAGAAGGCGAUAGACUCUAUUCCUGCUGGAGCUGGAGCUGGGGUUGGAGCUGGUGGCUCUGUGAAAGGGAAGGGGUAUGCGCCUCCUUCUACAGGGUCACCCGCCGUACAGGGCAAGGGAUACGUUCCUCCUGGUGUAGGCCCAGCAGGAGCUGGAGGAGCAGGAGCAGGAGCAGGGGCAGGGGCAGGGGCAGGAGUGGUAGGAGCAGGAGCAGGGGCGGUAAGAGCCGGAGCUGGAGCCGGAGCAGCUGUAGGAGCUGGAGCUGGAGCUGGAGCUGGAGCUGGAGCUGGAGCUGGAGCUGGAGCUGGAGCUGGAGCUGGAGCUGGAGCUGGAGCUGGAGCUGGAGCUGGAGCUGGAGCAGGACCUGGUGUAGGAGCAGGACCUGGAGCAGUAGGAGCAGGAGCAGGGAUUGCGGGGGCUGGGAUGCUGGGGAGAGGAUAUGUACCUCCGGUCAAGCUGCAAGCGGCUCUACAGCAGAAAGGAAUUUACAAGAAGCCUCCAUACACUACUCCAGGAAGCAUGCAGCCUCAAAGCAUGAGCCCUGGACAAGGAGGAAUGGGAGGAGGAGCACAAGCAGGGCUGCCGGGAGGACAAGGAGGAAUGGGAGGAGUAGGAGCGUUUGCAGACGCGUACGUCAGCUCGUUGGGACUGGCAGGGGCGAUGAAUGCUGGUAUGAUGAGUAGCAUGCAAAAGAUGAAAGGGCAAGACCCUUCGAAGAAUGUGUCAGUGCUGGUGCAGCCUCCCCCCGAACAAAUCAACAGAGUGAUCGCGAUGAAUUUGCCGGAGGAAGCUCAGGCAGCAAUGGAGAAGAUUGCAGGGAAUGGAAUUCCAGUCUAUUCGCUCGAAGUUAUGUAUGGCAAGCUCUCAUACAAGGGCAAUGGUUGCAACUGUUACAUCUUGUGUGAGAACGAAAAUCAAGUGCUUGAGAAAGUGGGUUUGAUGCGCUUUAUGAAGUUGGCAAACAACACAUGCACUCGUCCCAAGAGUGUUAUCUUCAUCUGUGCAACGAAACAGUCUGUUGCGGACUUCGAGAAGCAGUAUGCCGUUCAAACAAAGGUGGUGGACAAGAAGGAAGAAACGCAAUCUGCAGAACCUGGCUGCAUCUGCAAAUGUUGUAGAAAGAAACAAGUCAUUCUCAGCUCCAACUGGCCUGAAGAUGGUAUGAUCCUGGAAUGUGUACAUAUCUGCAAAGAAGACGAGAAAUGUUGCGACAUUGCGAAGUUGUACGGAGUGGACCUCGACUUGCUCGUUGAGAAGAACAAGAAGACUUACAAUGCCAACGAUACGCCCGAGCAAUGUGGGCAGCGACAGGUGUCCCUCACGGAUCGGAUUCCCUUCAACAUCGUCAAGGAUACGGACGUGGCCAUGUGGGACUCGUACAGAGAAGAGACAUUGGUUGCUGCAUCCUUCGAAACGAGUCAGCUCCUGUCUCCAGCGUUCAACCUCUUCUGGCUAGAAAACAAGUUAACUGAGUGGGUGAGCAAGUGUAAGGAAGUGAAGGAUGCAACGGCUUUUAAUGAGUGCCUCCGAGAUCUUUUCCUUCAGGAGCAAGAGGAGGACUCGGGGAACGGUGCUCCAGCGGAAGGCAUCCAAAAGAUGGAUCUCCGAUAUGGCUCGUCGAAGUUGAGAUUGUUGACAUGUCAAUUUGUAUCUUGCUCCGCACCAUUCUAUAGUGAUUCUGUCUUGUGUUUGUACGUGAUGAGGAUGAUGAUUGUUUUUGUGGAGGAUGAGGUGGAGGUGAUGACUUUGCAUGACUGGCUUGUUCAAAAUGGUCACAUUGACAAGCCUCAGCUUGCAAGCUCUGGUGCCAUUGCGCUCCUCGCUGAUUUCACUCUUGACGCUUCGACCAAACAUGGAGAGGCCGCACACAGGAUACAUCAGAUUCUUGAGCGCGUACCAUUUGCAGCCGUGAAGAACAAAAAGGAGGAGGUUUGGAAGGAAUUCUUUGAGAAAGUCGGCAAGGCUCAGGACCCGAAGCCACUUGCAAACUCAUUGAAAUGGAUAGCGGAACAGCUCAUUACUAAAGUGUUAGAUUCGCAAUGGCUUCAAAACUCGAGAGAGGACUGGGAAGUUCGCUGCGAGAGAUGCGAGAACUGGAAGGAGCUAAACCUUCUUCUCCUGGAGUUUGAGGACGACGGCAUCAACUGGAGGGCGGUGGAAGGCAGGAUGUCGAUGGAGAAGAGCAUACAAGAGAAGAGCAGACAGGGGUCGGAAGGGAAGGAAGGGAAAGGUCAGGAGAAUAGGAAGGCCUCGUACAAGAAAAAGCGCGAGUUGAAAGAUGCGAUUCUUCCUUAUCCUUAUGGAGUCACGGCUCAACAGAGCUUACCAGAGGGAUGGAGGGUCACAGUGCAUACGGCAUCAGUGUGGAGGCUUGAUGAAUGUAUCGUUACGCUCUGCACGCCUGACGGUCUCUUCUUGCACUCCAUCGAGGAGGUGCUCAAGUAUUACUCGAUCACUGGUCGUCUCGCCGACUUCACUGAGACCCUCCGAAGAACUUUCGUGCAUGCAAUGCAGGAGGCCAGAGGACUUCACACGAAACGUUUUCAGCGACUUGCCAAGUACCUUGCGAUGGACGUCGCCGCCUCCUCUGACCCUGUUGCUCCUGGGCUGCUGGCUGGGACCACGCGAGGCGCGAGGCUCCUCGCACGUAGAGACAAGAAGGAGGAGACGCAUGCUCUCACCAUCGGCUCCUCCCGACAAAAACGAGGCACGAAGAAGGGUACAAGCGCGAGUGAAGUCGCCGAGGGAGGAGACGAGAGUAGAAGAGAAGAGAAAAUCGAAACAGAUGCACUCGCGGACGAAAACCAGAGUCAAGAGGAUGACAUGGAGGUUGAACUGGAGCAGGACGAGCGGGAAGGGCAGGGCGAGGAGGAGCAGGACGAGCGGGAGGGGCAGGGCGAGGAGGAGCAGGACGAGCGGGAGGGGCAGGGCGAGGAGGAGCAGGACGAGCGGGAAGGGCAGGGCGAGGAGGAGCAGGACGAGCGGGAGGGGCAGGAGGAGACACAAGAGAAUGAGGACGAGAGUAUGAAAGAGGAAGGAGACAGUCAGCAGGGAAUAGAACAAUUAGAGUGA